UUCAAAGUCACGGCCUCUCAAUCUCUAUUCUCAGGUUGCAUCUUUCUCACUCAGCUCAGUAACUCACCUUCACGACUUCAUCCUCACGGCGGCCGUCGCUCCACCUCUCCAUUGCUCAUUAUCCCACUCUCAGAUUUUCACCUCUCUUGACUCAGACUCACGUUCACGUCCUCCACCAGUGACCGACUACCGCUCCUCCUCUGUCUCACGCUCACCCCUCUGACUCUCACCUCACGGCUCCAAAUCGCAGAGAGCCGUCCAUUAAAACGGUUUUUGCAGCUUUUUUCUCCCUUCAGUUCCCCUCUUGAAUAGAAGAUUCUUGUGGGCAUUUGUUGCUUUGAAGAAUAUCUUCAAAAUUUGAAUCUUAUAAUCAAUUUUAUUUAUGGACAAAUUCGAAGCAAGGCCAAGGAGCUAGAGGAAGAAGCUAGAACGAGACCAAGGGGCUACAAUGUAUAAAAGAGACGAGAGAGAGAGAAGACCGAAGGGAAACAGAAUGCAUCAUUGAUGCUACAAAUUGGAUAGGUUCAUGUAGUUUUGUUGUCACUUGUAAGGUCAAGUUUUGGUAGAAAACUAUUUUGAUAACCCCGUGGAGUCUUUACUUUGCACCUUCAAAGCUUCGCUCUCAGAAUUAUGCAUUCCAUUGUCUCAGCAACUUCAGUGUCUUCCAUUCUGGUGAAAGGAAAUGGAGGAAUUGGCUGCCAGAUUACGAUGGUUCAUUUCAAGGCUAACUCCAGAAGACGCCCACCCAAAAACCUCCUCUGUCCACGACGGGCCAAGCUUCCUCCUGACCCUGCCGUCAACCAAUUCUUGAACAACAAAACCUCUGCCCCUUCCCCAUCCUUCACCGAUUUGAUUUCCUCUAAGAUUUUCCAAGAUGAGCAUGAAGAAAUCCAUGCUUAUGAUUAUACCAAGGAUACUGAUGUUGUUUGGGAUUCAGAUGAAAUUGAAGCUAUUUCAUCACUCUUCCAAGGGAGAAUCCCUCAGAAACCUGGUAAAUUGAAUCGGGAGAGACCUCUUCCUCUCCCACUGCCACACAAGCUACGACCACCAAGACUUCCUAACCCUAAAAUCCGCCCAACAACAACGGUGUCUUCGCGUGCUUUGCUGUCUAAGAAAGUCUACAAGCGUCCUGAUUUUCUUAUUGGCCUUGCUAGGGCGAUUAGAGAUCUAUCCCCAGAGGAAAAUGUGUCCAAGGUUCUCAAUCGGUGGGGUCCGUUUUUGCAGAAGGGAUCUCUUUCAUUGACAAUCAAGGAACUAGGGCAUAUGGGUCUUCCUGAUAGAGCUCUAAAGACGUUCUGUUGGGUACAGGAACAACGUCGACUCUUUCCAGAUGAUCGUGUUUUGGCCUCAACCGUUGAGGUCCUUUCAAGGAACCACGAACUGAAGGUACCUGUAAACUUGGAAGAGUUCACUAAACUUGCAAGUCGUGGUGUGCUGGAGGCAAUGAUGAGAGGGUUUAUCAAAGGUGGGAGCUUAAAUCUUGCUUGGAAGCUUCUUGUAGCUGCGAAGAAGGGUAAGAGAAUGUUGGAUCCCAGCGUCUAUGUGAAGUUGAUAUUGGAGCUUGGUAAAAACCCUGAUAAAAACGUAUUGGUUCUUAACUUACUGGAAGAGCUAGGACAAAGAGAAGCCUUGAAGUUGAACCAACAAGAUAGUACAACUAUAAUUAAGGUCUGCACAAGGCUUCGUAAAUUUGAAAUUGCUGAGAAACUUUAUUGCUGGUAUGUUGAAUCUGGACAUGAACCGAGUAUGGUUAUGUAUACUGCCUUAGUUCAUAGUCGCUACUCAGACAGGAAAUAUAGGGAGGCAUUAUCUUUAGUGUGGGAAAUGGAGUCUGCAAACUGUCCUUUUGAUCUUCCUGCUUAUAAUGUAGUGAUAAAGCUUUUUGUUGCUCUUGGUGAUCUUUCAAGGGCUGUUAGAUACUUUGCAAAGCUUAAGGAAGCUGGUUUUUCCCCUACAUAUGAUGUAUAUCGGAAUAUGAUCACCAUUUAUUUAGUUUCAGGGAGGUUAGCCAAGUCUAAGGAAAUUUAUAAGGAAGCGGAGAAUGCUGGAUUUAUCAUGGAUAAACAAAUUACUUCAAUGUUGUUGCAAGCAAAAAGAUGAUUCACCUGUGGCAAGAGAUUUUUUUAUCUAUCACCGAGUUGCACCAUCAGUUUGCAUAUCAUCGAGUAGGUCUCUAUUCCUGGAAGAAUGGGAAACGCAAAACAAGCCCUUGCUGUCACCAUUGAUAAAUUAGGAGAUAUAGAAGAGGCAGUGGAGUUUGUUAGUCUGCAACAUGAUGAUGAGCUCUGGGCAGAACUGAUAAAGCUGUCUUCACAAGGCUGAAAUGCUUGGCAUGUUAUUGGAGCACACAGUUGGCAAUCUAUAUCCUCUUUGUAUUGUCAACAUGGUUCCUGAUGGUUUAGAGAUACCUUGCUUUUCUUCAUUUUCUGAAAUCUUUAGUUUUCAAUUUCUGUGGUGUUUAUAUCUGUUGUCUUUCUAUUGCAAGUGGCAUAUAUCCCUUUAAAAGGAACUGUGUUUCCCUUUCACUUGUAUAAUUCUAUUUAUUUAAUGUUUUAAUGUUGUCCAGCCUAGAAUUACGUUAGUGGUGGGUUAGAAAUCCAGGUCUAUCACAAUUCACAGUGCUUCUUCUUAAAACUACUUGAAUGAAUUCUGUGGUUGCUCCACCUUUCUAUAUUCUUAAUUUUGGAAACGAUUUGUAUUUCCUGAUUUGGUCUUGGUCAUGUCUUUUAUUGCACAAAAUCCUCAGCAUAUUAAACUACUUCAAAAAUUUUAGUCCUUGGGGCUAUCGCUUCUCUUCUCUGAGACAACAGGUUGUGCAUAGCAUAUAGCACUUAUACUAUUUGUUACUGGCAAAAAGUAGUAAAGAAAACCACAUGGGAAUCGGAUCUUGGCGUUUUUUGUCGAAUCAGCUAAUGAUUUCAUAUCGUUUUUUGAUAAUGCAUGGUUUUGUAUUGUUUAUUGAUAAUGUCUCGUGUAUUUAUUCUUCUGUUGUCAUUAAUUUCUGCACAAUUUACAAGGUUGCUAUUUAUACGGUUAGUGUUUUGUAAUGUGCGCCUAUACUCAGUCCAUGUAAUCUCUGUUUGAAAUUGUCUUAAGCUGUUUGUAGUUGAUUUUUGAUGCAUUAAAACUGGGUUAUCAUCUUUCUUGCUACUUCCAGAUAUUUUUUUCUCAGAUUUUUUAAUUCUC